GGGAAACCUGUUCCUGUGACCUUGUGGCUGGUUCUAAAAAGGGCCUUCCUUAAAGGGGUUCAGAAAUUAAAAAGACACAAGAUAUCAUCUUUAGAUCCUCUGUUUGAUAAGCGCCAGUUGCGUUUCGACAUGCUGGGGUGCCGUACGAAGCCGGCGGGAUGUAAACCGUCAGGAUGUCAUACUAAACCGACUACUUCUAAAUCAACGCCAUGCAAGUCGAUGCCUUGUUUUAUAAGAUCGACAACUACGUGCCAUACCAAAAAGUUAUGUGAUGCACCGUGUUGUAAGGUAGAGGUGGAACGAAGGGACCAAGUUUCCUCCAAGCAUUGUAAGAAACACAUAGUAUGUAUAGCAAUAGGUUGUAUGAAUGCGAGGAUGCAGUACUACGAUCGAGGCCGAGCUGGGACACCACAAUAUAAACGUCGAAAGUACUGCUUCGAUCACAAGUGUAUUGCAACGGAAUGUCCUAACCAGCGCGCCCCUAUGCUGGCACCAAACCAAUACCGCCCGUUCUGUGACGACCAUAACUGUCGUGCGACUGAUUGCCCUAACCAGGCUCUAGAAGGCACUACAUGCUGCCGAGGGCAUAAGUGUCAGAUUCGGGAUUGCAUGCAUAUAGCUGCUCCCCCGUUUCCAUUUUGCCUAGAACACAAUAGAUGUGAAUGGGGACCGCCGAUCUGCAACCGCCCCAAAGAAAGGAACAGGAAAUAUUGCAGAGAGCACCUUCAAUGUCAGACUCCUGGAUGCGUACUGCAGAAGAUAGAAGGUUCACUUCACUGCAUGGAACAUGCAUGUCGCGAAAGGGGGUGUAAUAUUUCGUCUGGAGAACAUGACUACUGUGAUGAUCAUCGAUGCGAAUGGGAGGAGGAGUGUGAAUAUGCGAAGUCAGGAGAACGCUAUUGUCCGCUCCAUUCUUGCCGGAGCGAGGGUUGCCCAGAGUGCGUCAAUUGCACGGGAAUAUUUUGCGACACUCAUGCUUGCUCACGGUGCGGCUGUAAAGUUGAAGCCAAGCCGUGCUUGGAGAACAAAUGUUACGACCAUUGGAAAGAGGAUGUUGAAACGUGUGUAAGGGCAGAAUGGUGUGAUGAGAAGAGGGGACUGACUCAGAGGCUCAGCGAGAAGGACCACUUUAUCCAAGAGCAGGAUAGGCGUCUUCGAGAGCAGCAUGAUCAACUCUGGAAGUUACAGAGCGGUCAGAGGAAUUAAUACUCAUCUUGCCCUUGAGAGAUGGUUUCUAGGGAUUCUCGUCUACACAAUUUACAUAAUUUAAGAAAAAUAUUCCGAUGCACGGGCAGGCACUGACGGCAAAGUAUUGUGUAAUCAUCUGUUAAAUAUGAGAAUCCUGCCGGAAUUAAGAACUGUGACAGCGUGGUUUGGAGAUAUACUUCAUUCUUGAUCU